GCUACACCUAAGUCCGUCCCCUCCUUAUGGCUCCGAAAAAGAUUCCCAGUGUUAUACAGUGCGACUCACUCGCUGCGUAUGAGUAUGAACUGGAAUCUCUGCGCGACACGCUCUCAUUACCCGAAUCCGAAGACACUUGGGACAGGAUCUCAGCCUCCAUUCUUCAUUUAACAGCCCUUAUGAAGGGAAACGCCGCACGAUUUCCUAACGAGACCACCACCGUGCUCCGAUCCUUGUCAAGACCCCUCAACAGUGCGGCAAACUCUGAAAGGUCGCGCCUGUCCGGUGUGGCUCUUGAGUUCAUGAACGUCGUGGUCACCACCAUGGAGCGUUAUUUCGACGCGCUGAUACCAAUCUUCUUUCCUACACUGCUCGGCCUCUGUUCACGGUCGAACAAGGUGUUCUCUUCUCGUGCACGAAGCUGCGUCCUGGCUGUCGUGCAACAUUCUCGUUCUCCAUCCGUCCUACCCUUUCUGGCCGAGUCUGCCAAGGAUAAGUCGGUAACACUCCGUCAAGCGGCCGUGGAAGCCGCUUUGGCCUGCCUUAGCACAUUCACUCGAGCAGAAUUGGAGAAGGAGCCGAGAGCUCGCGAAAUCGAGGCACUGAUCAGGUCAACUGCCACCGAUGCCAAUGCUGAUGUGCGCAAAACUGGGAGGAAGGUCUUCGAAGCUUACAAGGUUGCCUUGCCAACGCGGGUAGAUCGUUUCACUCAACCCCUCACACCGACGAUCAGGAAGUAUCUUGAUAUCAAGCAAACAGCGGCAUCGGGAACACGGGCACAGCCUCCCAGUCGCCCACCGUCAGCUCAAUCACUGAAUGCCAUUCAGACAAAGGCGUCGGCGCCUACUCUCCCAUUCUCUUCGUCCACAUCUGCUCUCCCGCCCAAGACAUCGUCUUCUCACAGCACCCAACAGGCCGGGGUGCGUGCGCGGGUACUGUCCUCAUCGAACCUCAACAACGAUGCAGCCUCAAGUGCGCUCUCCAGACAUGUUGCGCAGAGGGCUGCAGCGAAUGCUGCCGCAGCUCAAGAUUCUGCACCCAAGCGUCCUACAGUGGAUACACUGCAUCGCUCUGUUGCAAGUGCAAGGCGGGAGAUGCCACCACCAGACACAAUCCCGAUCCGUCCUAAGUCUGUCAUGGAGUCCACUCGUCCACAACGUCACAUCUCCGGGCCAUCCAGGCCCGGAAAUGUUAGUGGCCCUAGUCGACCGUUGUCACAGCAUGAUAUUGGGACAGUGCACCUGAGGACAGGCCCCAUGAGACAAACAUCCACAAAUGCGACUUCUUCCAAUCCGCCCGCGCGUCAAGAGCUUACCGAGAGAAGGGUAGUGGGGGGCGCUAGACGCGUACUUCUCGUACCAACGCCUCCAGAGAUUUCAACAAAUACCACUUCAGACCCUGAUCGAGAGCGGGGCCCUACCGUAUCCAGCACCCCUGUGCCAAACGCCGCAACUUCUAAGUCAGAGGCUCAUGUCACCCAGCCACUGGAUGCUGUAGGGAGUUCCACGUCUGAGAAGCUACCGAGCAAGGUGACGGUCAGACACAAGCCCAGCGUGCCUAAAGCAAACGAGAAGGCGAAACAAGUCCCGCCGAAAACAGCUGUUUCCCACCGUCCAGAUACUGCACGUAGUCAGACAAACAAAGUGAAGAGCUCCAGCCGGGGCGAGGACCCCAAGCCACGACCUCCAAGUCGAUCACAUCAGGCAGCUCCUAGAAAGGCUGCCUCGAAAACGAAUACCCGAAUUGCCAUCCCUCCUGUGACUGAGGCUGCUCAUGAAGAAGUGGUAGUCGCCGCAGAGAUACCUCUUCCUCCGAGUCCAACUUCAGCAGAGAUACUUAUACCUGUUCAUGAACCAACUUCGAUACCACUACCUUCCAGCCCCACAGUCCUUGAAGACACUCUUCCUUCUCCUCCGGAGACCCCCAAAGCCCACGCAAAGACAUUUCCUCCUCCAGAGAUCUCGGAUGCCCGUGAAGAGGCUCCCCCUCCGCCAUCCGAGGUUCCCGAGACCCGCGAAGAGAGCCCUCCACCUCAAUCCGAGAGCUUGAAGACUCAUCAGGGGGAAGCGACUCCAUGCUCUCCUUCACCUCAGCCGUCUACAGAGGCACAGGCGGAAGUUCCUGUUGAGCCCGCAACACCUGAGCGUACCCCCACUCAAGCCCAGCGCCUCCUCUUACCUGCCCAAACGCCCAUAUCCUCUCUCGUCGCCGACAUCGAGCGCGGGUUCCUCUUUACGCCGUUUUCCCCCGUUCCUCCGCCGGAACCACGCGGCGUACCCGCUCUGCCUCACUGGGCCCCGCUCAGGUCGCUCAACAGUGCGAUUUUGAACGCGCAGAGACCACGGACUGAUCGUUCAAGAUCGGUGAUGGGGGAGAGAUUGAAACCUUCACAGGAGCUUCGUACAGUGGACCCGGAUGAUUCGUUGGGGAAUAUGUUCCCAGCUGUCCAAUAA